CACCGGAGAGGCCUCCACUCUCUGUCCUCUCCGAGAUGCUUGGAGUCCCUCGGCUGACCCUUUCCCAUGGCAGGGGGUACCUGCAGGGCACGUGGGAGAAAGCCUACCAGGAUCACAGGAGAAAGGUGCAGGAGGCCCGACCCGUGGUGGACAGCCGCGCCCCGCCAACCCUCAGUCACCUCUGCCUGAAACUCGGCAAACUCAAGCAGCUGGAGGAGGGCCGGCUGUCCGCCAUCGACAGGGAUAACCGUCUGCUGCUGGAGAAGGUGUCCUGCAUCAUGAGGACUGGGGGGUGGACCCUCAGCGGUGUCACCUGUGCACACAGGAGUCUAAACAGGGAGAAAAGAGAGCAGGAGCUUUGCAGCCUGAGAGAGAAAAACCCGUUCUGCAGAAGGUCACAAACUCAGCGCAGGAUCCGUUCGCCACACACCCUGUGGGAGGCAGACCCACCGCCGGAGGAGGUACCUCGCUUUUCUAUUCCUUCCAACCCAGAGCUGUCUGAAUUUUCCAUUCCUUUCAUCAGAUUCAUCACAGCAAAUGUCAAGAAAAUGCUUGGAUCCUGUGCUUCAGAUUCAUUCUUCAUUUAUUUACUUUGACUCCCUUGAAACCCUCCUUUUACAAAACAGGAAACAGAUAAAGGCCACGAGCAAUGGGAGAUGUUAAAGCCAAACCAAGAAAGGGAAAACAGAAGCCCCUCGCAGCAGGGCUUCCUGCACUUUAUUUGAAGUGUCACCAGCUGCGCUGAGUGUUUAAGUGUGGGGCCAAGGAGCUGCCAGGACGGGACAGGAACCAAAGCGGGGAAACGCUCCCAGUUUUGACAAAGACCAGACCCCAGGGAGCCGGCGGGCAGGCGUCCCAGUGCUGGGCUCCCGGCGAGGUCAUCGCUGCUCUGUGCUUCCCUUUGUGAAAAGACAACCGUGGAAAGCACGAGGAAGCAACUGCCAGCUCACUGCCUCUGGUCCCAAGUCAGAACUGUGACCUGAGUGUCACAAUCCAGACCCAAAGGCAGCUCCCUCCCAGCGGCUCUCACGCCCAGCGUGGAGUUUCCAGCCUCAGCUUCUGUGCAGGACGAGGGUGGGGACAGACGCAGGACAGAGGGACAGACGGCCUGCUGUAGAUCUCCCCUGCCGAGGGUCCCCUUCCCUGCCUCGAACCAGCAGGACUUUUCCUUGACAAGCCCCUGCUCUCUAUCCUUGGAAACACAGGGACUUGGUCAGUAUCCGGGUGGGAGGAGGGGUUGCAACAAAAACCAGGCCAUUUGAAACCUGCAAGUUUACGGAGGAGAGGACUCUGUUACAGGACCAGAGGGCUGGAAGACGGUCCAAAGAAGGCCCAGUGGCUACCCUUGACCAGCUGGCUGAAGACUGAUAUCCCUACCCAACGUCCGGUCAGCUGAGCCUGGGGCCUUUGCUGGUCAGGCACAGACAGGAUAUGCUGUAGUUUACGUUUAAAAUUCCAGAAAAUAUGCUCAUUGACUUGGCAGAAAAAAACAGCCCUUCCUCUGGAGCCCUGAUUCCUUCGCCAGAGCAGCAUCUCCUCAAUCUUUCUGUAGUUUUUGCUAGUUUAGAUAUUAACUUGCAAAGUAUCUCAAAUAUUUUGAAGGAAAGGUUUCAACCUUUCGUCUUCCUUACGCUUUCAAAUCAUCUUCACUUAUCCCUAACUCCAAACUGAGAAAUUACUGAACUGAUUUGAUAACUUUUUAUUGAGGGAGGAUAAGAUUUCUAAAAGAUCAACCGAUAAAACCCACUAGGCACCCUGGAUUUGCUGGAGCCUACAGUUCCUAGAAGUGUGUAUUAUUCUAAUCUAGUGCCCCAGCCCCAAAUGACCCCCACACGUGAGAAGGAAACAAAAACAGGACAAACACCAGUGAUCUUGCAGCCAGUCCAGAGGACCUGGUGGAGACGCAGAGGGCAUGAGGCUGACCCCGAGCUCACUCGGCCCCCGUGAGCUUCCAUCGCCCCUUUGUGAAGAGAACCCUCUCCAGAACUCAUGUCAGGGUCAAAUGUUUGCAAAAACGACUACCACCGUUUCUGGCAUUUACUUGGCAAGCAUGAAACCAUGAAAUAUUAUUUUAUUCCUUCUUUACUGUAUGCAUUUGCCACACAGGAUAAAAACACUAACCAAAAAAAGCGCUAACUUGAAAGGUGUUCAUGGCCCCCCCCCCCAACGUUCAUAGCAGCACUGUUUACAACAGCCAAAAUAUGGAAGCAGCCCAAGUGCCCAUCAACCGAAGAGUGGAUAAAGAAAUCACAAGAUAUAUAGUUAUGCAUAUAGACAUUAUUCAGUCACCAAAGGAAUGAAAUCUUGUAUUUGAGAAAACAUGAAUGGACCUCUUCGGCAUUAUGCUGAGAAAAAUAAGUCAGACAGUCUGAAAAAAACAAACUCUGUACAAUCUCUCUUUUAUGUAAAAUAUAGUAAUAAU